GGACGAGAGUCGAGUUUCUGUUGUCCGAGAGGAAAACAAGAGGGAUAUUUUCCACAAAACCUGUUUCAAAUGCUCCAAGUAAGUAUACUCCCAUGUAGAUGAACAAAAUAAGACAGACACAGAUCGACUGACCAAUUGACCAAUAGAAAGGAGCAGUGCUACUGUUAUUAAUUUGAGGGCUUUAAUGUUUUACGAGAUACAAUAAUAUUUACAGUCACUGUGUUUAUUCUGCUUGAUUUCUAUUGAAAUCCAUUGCUUGUCAUUUGCAGCUGUGAAAGACACCUUUUGUUUCUAUCUAGUUAAAUCUUCUGUUUUUAUGUGAAUAUAUACACAGUCCACAAACUGAUCUGCAGCCUCUUUCACAGCAUUAUUGAAAUUGAGGGAAAAUGUAUGAUUUCUGCUGUAUUUUUUUGGUACCUUUUAUUAUAGGAUUAAACAUUCUUUUUGAAGAAUUUAUCGAUGUGUAAACUCCAGACAUUUUACUCACAAACUGAAUAAAAGUGCAAAGCACUUUUAUGUUAAGUUUGUGUGUAAAAUGUCCGGAGUUUACACAUCGAUAAAUUCUUCAAAAAGAAUGUUAGAUUCUUAUAAUUCCAUUUGAUUCACUUUAUUAACAAUUACAAAAAUGUGAAUAGUUUCCCCGCAUUAUGUUAUUUGUUUUCAGGUGUGUAUGAAUACAUCGCGUUUUCGGAUUUAUUGAUGUAUAAACUCUUGUUCAGCUUUAUUUUUGUCCAAUCAAAACAAUUGUAAUAAAUAACAUUGGAAUUAUUCAAAUUUGAUAUAAUAGAGAAUGCACACCUAUAUUAUAAAAUGCUUAUUUUAUGGGUUUGAAGUUUGUCCUUUGACUAUUUCCUUUUGCCUUCGUUAAAUUUUUUUUUUACCAAAUAUGGAGACAAGUGAAUUUCAGCUUUUACGUUUAGAUAACUGACAGGUCAAUAUUAAAUAUCUAAUUUUAUGUACCUGAAAGUAUUUAUAUUUAAAAAAAAAUACAGAAAAAUAUGAAUAAUAAAAUGUCUUUCUUUGGUUUGUUAAAUGGGGGAUGAAGGUCGCAAACAUUGCAGAAAAAAUGCACAACCCACAUUAUGCAAAGUGUUUCUGUAAUAUUUGCGACCUUCAUAUCUUAUUUAAUAAACCAAAGGAAGCAUUUUAUUAUUUCAUUGACACUACGACUAAAUUUCUGUGUGAUACAUGCACUACAACUAAAUUUUCUAUAUGAUACAUGCACUGAACUAAAUUUCUAGGUGAUACAUGAUCUUUAAGUAAUCUUAUCUGGGUGAUGUAUAAUGUAGAUCAGUUGGUAAUGUUGUCUUUGUAAAUCCCAUCCUUCAUACAUACUUCAAAAAUUUUUAAAUGCAAUAGUUACCAACACCUUCAUCACAUGAAAUGUGGGCAAAAGCAGUGAUUUACAAUUUUGUUGGAGUUAUUUCCCUUUUCUCACUGCAGAUAUUGUCACAUUUUCUUGAGUAGGUUUCAUGGUCACCACCAGGAUGAUCUUAAUUGUUCUCCUUCUAUUCAUGGUAAAUUCCUUAUUUCUCAGUGUAGUAUGGCUAAAUGGAUUGAAUGAUCACCAACCAAGUAGAUAGAGCUGCACUUAUUAUGUUGUGUACGGAAAUAAAAUAUCCUCAAUUACCAAAUGGAUAAAUUUUGAAUGUAUGGAUCCUUCAAAUGAGACAUGCAAGAUAAAAUAUUUCAAAAGUGGACUUGGGGUGAAUUAACAUAUGUGUAUUAAGAGUUUCUGUGGUCAGUGACCUGUGGGAUUGUCAUAAUAUCUACAUAAAUAUUUACACCAGAUAUAUCGGAGAUGUGAUAGGCUGAGAACCUUGGAAGUAUCUUGUUAAUUAGACAUAACAAAUGUAAUCUUUCUGAGGUUUGGGGGUCUAUUUAGAGUGGCUCCAUGCCAUAUGCAAAGUAACAUUGAACUUGUCAGUAUAACAUUGAAUUAUCAUGCAGCUGAAUCUGGUCACAUGUACAGGACAUUGAUAAGGUGACAGGGCUUACUCAAUGCUUGAGACCCCUAAAUUUUCCAUGUUAAUCAUGAAAUCUCCUCAACUCCAAACCCUGUUAAACAAAAUGCCACAGUCUGCUGAGUCCUUGUUGGGUAAUGGAUCCUGGUUGGUUACUCUCUUCAAUCAUGAGUGUGAUGUACUAGAAGGAGUCCCCAGCUGGUACUUACAGCUGUUACUCCAGGGGAAAUUACUAGGUUUCCAGCUGUCCUUCUGAUCUCUCAUUCCUAACCUCAAACUCGGAAGAAUUCUAAAAGUCUGUCUGACUGCAACUCAGAUCCCAAUCUGAUUUCAGACUACUGUAUCAGGGGAGAUAAUCAGUCUGGUGUAUGUCGUCUCCUCUGUAACCUUAUCUUUAGGAGAAAGCUAUCAAUUAACACUAAAAUAUGUGACUCUGUGAUCGCCUCUGUGCUUUCAUGUGUCUUGCAUCUGUUUAUACCUUUGUAAUAACCUUUAGAAACCCAGUGAGUAAAGAUGGGAGAGGGGGUGUUAUAAACUGUUAAGCCAAGGCUAUGGAAGACCUUUUUCAAAAUUCUCUGUGCCAGGUAUCCUGUCCCAAGCUCAGUCCUUUGAGUGUAAUCAACAGAGAUCUGUUUACUUAUAGUGUGACCUUGUGUCUUGACCUUUGUGUUGAUAUUUGAUAAGGGGCACCCCGAGCUGAUUUGAUGAUAGAGAUUGGUAAACAUGCCAGGAGCUGGGAACUAAGACUGAGUUGGAACUCCAUCAGCAUAUAAAGAUAUUACUCGAUGGCUCUAACAGAAUCUGUUGUAAUUAGCGCAAUCAAUUAUACCUUCAUACAGAUGGAUAUAUCAGUAAUAUAAAUAGAGAUCUCUCCUUAUGUCAACAAACUUCCAUACAUUCAUAACUUCUGAAAGAAAUGUAAAACAAAGGAAAGAUAUUCUAUAACCACAUAAACAUGAUAAAAUGGGAAUGUUGUGUAUUAUUCUAUAACCACAUAAACAUGAUAAAGUGGGAAUGUUGUGUAUUUUUCUGGUCAGCAAGCAGUAACCAUUACAGCACACUCUGAUAGGAAAGUAAUUGUGUGGUAUAUCAGUGGUUUAUCUGGACUAGUGAAAGUCCUCUCUGAUGAACACAGUCUGCUUCACUUGUUACUAAUCAACAAAAAACUCCCUGGUCUUAAUAUCUGAUCUUAUUGUCUGGGAUUUUAUCAUAGAUUGGGGAUGUCAUUAACUUUCAUUCUACCACAGUUAUUGCAAAGAUCAAAGGAAUGCUGCAGUCAUUAUUCUGCGAUAAUAUACCUUCAUACGUAAUAACUGAUGAUACACAUUCUGCUUGCACUUUGUGUUAUGCUAAUACAACAUAAAGUCGAUAACUGAUCAUUUGAUUUAAUAAUCAUAAGAAUUAAUCACUACAUGUUGCAAAACAAAUUUAUUAAUGACAGAAAAACAUUUGCCAUUCAGUAUAAAUCAUACGUCUGCAUUCCGAGCUCGAUACACAUGUAAACAAACAUGUUGAUUUCUUGGACCGUGUAUUCAAAGCAGUUGAUAUAAUCAGUCAACAUCAAACUAAAUAUUAAUCCCAUGGGGAUCCGGGUUAGAAAAGGUCCUCAGUACCCCUUGCUUUUUGUAAGAGGCGACUAAAUGGGGCGGUCCUUCAGAUGAGACCGCAAAAACCAUGUCUCCAUGUCACAACAGGUGUGGCACGAUAAAGAUCCCUCCCUGCUCAAAGGCCGCGAACGCCGAGCAUAGGCCUAAAUUUUGCAGCCCUUCACCGGCAGUGGUGACGUCUCCAUAUGAGUGAAAGAUUCUCGAGAGGGACGCGCGUUAAACAAUAUUUAAUCAAUCAAUUCAAUCAAACUAAAUACUUGAAAAAAAUUUCAACAUAAUUCAAGUAUAUCCUACCAUCUCACCUUUUUCAUCAGCAAAAAACAUGUAUGCCAGUCCGUUUCUGAGAAUGUCAUGACAUCACGGUGACCUAAUUCAUAGCUGUAUGGAUAAACGAUCUGCUGUGUAUUUCUGGGCCGUUAAGUAAAAUAGAAAUAAAGUUCUUGUUUUUGUGUAUAUUGCAGAAUAACUCCUUGGUCUCGAAAUGUGAUUUGAAAUAUAAAAUCCUCGGCUUUUAUAUUUCAAAACAACAUUUCUCCACCUUGGGGGUUAUCCUGCAAUAUAAACAAAAACGCAAUCUUAAUUCGUUAAGUUGACCAAAUUGACUGGCAUUUAGACAAAUUGUUGUGUUCCAAGAUUGGUGACAACCCUGUAUAGUAAAACUAUUGUAAAGUGAAAGUCAAGUGCUUAAUCAGAAAACUCGGCAUUUGUGAUCCAUAAUGAAAUGUAAAAUCUCCCAAAGUAAAUCAUUUUUCUGCCCCAGGAAUCGAAGAUUCGGGGGCAUAUAGUUUUUGGCCUGUCUUAAUCUGUCGGUCUGACAGAAAACUUCAACCUUGGUCAUAUCUUUUACACCAUAAGAGGUAUACCUUUUCUAUUUGAAAUGUGUAUUCCUUGUGGCAGGACCAUUCCAAUGACACCAAAAUUUUUGACCUCGAGUGACUAACACUGACCUUUGACCUACUUUUAGAAAAUUUGAAUAUACUAGUAAGCCAAAUAUAUAUCUUUCAAAUCGUAAGAGGUAUUGCCUUUAGAUAUAGCAUGUGCAUUUCUUGUGGGUAGACCUUUCCAACGAUACCAGAAUUGUUGACCUUGUGACCCUGACAUUGACCUUUAAUCUAGUUUUUGGGAAUAAAAAAAAAAUACAAUGUCUUACAGUUUCACUUUGUUGUAAUCCGGGGGCAUCAGUGUUUCACAAACACAUCUUGGUAUCAAUACCUUUCUAUCUGAGACGAAACCCAUUAUUAAAUAUCUAAAUUGGGCUUAAGGCCUGUCAAGUGGGUCAUAGGAGGUCACUGGUAGAUAGUUUGGACAUUACAUGGGGGUCACAAAAAUAAUGUCCAGUGACUACAGGGAACUUUCUGAUGAUGCAUACGAAAAGUUGCAGAGUAACUCGGAAGGUAGACAGGAUAUGUCUCUGAUAAGUUAGUACAGUUAAUUCUCAAAAUGUCAAAUGCCUUGAUAUACCGCCAAAGGUGUGUGAUCUCUGAAGCUGUUAAUAAAUUCGUCAUCAUAGAUCACAGAUGAAUUGCGGUCUGUAGGCCUAAUAGUGUAGGUAAUUUUAAAGACCUAAACAAACUAGAUAAUUCUUUAAUGGAAAUUAGUGCUGUUUUCUGUUCAUAAAAAAUCUAAAGUCUAGAUAUACAUUGUUACAAAGCGGGUGCCUUGAAAUUUCAGAAGAAAUAAAUGUAAUGUGUAUAUGUAUCCUUUUGAUUGUGGAGUGUCCUUCAGGAAGAAACUGUAUUGACUUCUGACUAAAUUGUACUGGUGAUAUUUUAUAUACAAUAACAGUUGCAUUUCAGUGUAGAAAAAAAUAUUUUACCUACGAUAGAUAUGGGUAUCAAAUAUAUACCAAAAUCAAAAUAUAUCAAAAGUAAAUAUUGAACAUGUAUGAUCACACUGAUUCAUUGACAUGCUAUUAGUUCAUUCAAUUCAUCGCCAAAUUCAUUAUACUGCCACGUUUUCCAAAUCACAGAAGAUGGUGGUUUUAUGAGAAUUGACUGUAUUUAGGUUGUGUGUAUACAGAAAGUAAUCAAUAUUUAGAUACUUACUAUGAUAGAUUUGGGAUGUCAAUGGUAAUUGCAUGUAUGAAUAUCUAGAUUUAUUUUUGGAAACUGAACUUUGUUCAACUUCCUUAGGUCAUCAUGCACUGUGAUAUAUUGUAAAGGACUUAGUGUGGGCUCCCUCACAUCCUGGAUUUAUUUCAAAUAUUAAAUGCAUGUUUCAGAAAAUUUUCUCCAUACAAUAUAAUCCUAUAUUCAAAAGCUAAAAUCUAAAACAAGGAGAGUUAAUUUCAAAUUAUGAAUUCAUAGAACCAAUGUUAAUUUUGCAAAUUUAUUGAAAAUAAUCAAAUACAACAGAAUUGAUUUGAUAUAUACCGUGAUUACUUUUUUUUUCUUUGAAUGUUUGAAAAAGUGAGUCCCAUGAGUAUAGUGUGUACUUUGAUCACAUACAUAUAUAAUGAGAGAGAGAGAGAGAGAGAGAGAGAGAGAAGGGGGUGUUAAGCUCAUUCUGUUUCUUAGAAGUCUUUAAGGGUAAAAAGAUUUAAAAUCCAAAUGACUUUGAUAAUAAGAAACAUUCUCCUAUGCAUUAUUCAUUUAAGUCUGCUUGAGAACCUUAUUUUUGCAUAACAACUUUAACAAGUAAUGAAGAAUUUUAAAAAAUCAUGUUAAAGGGACAUUUAAUAUGCAUUGUGGAGACAAAUCUGCAUAACUUUGACUUUUAUCAGUCUUGUUGUAAUUAGGAAGGAAAGUCAAAAUGGUAAAUCUGACAUAUCAGAACUGUCUAUUGAUAGUAUAACUUCAAGCUAAUGUGCAUGAUCAGGAUCAUUGAUCAUUCAUUGGGUUCCUUUUUUAUAUAAAAGCAAUGGAGAUAUAUAACAGAGAGUCAGAAGUGAUAUUUAGUUUAGAGCUCCAAAAACCCCAUUGUAUCUCUGUGACUCAUAGUCUCCAAGUGAGUAAGUUUCAUCCCAGGUGCUGAGAUAUAUCUGUCAUCUUCAAGGCUGAUGCUGAUGUCUACAGGAAAGUCAUGAAUUUCCUUAUAUCAAAGAGACGAAAACAAAGUCACUGACAUAUCACCAGGCUGAUAGUAAGGCUGUUUAGAAGCUACAUCUUGUGCAUUGUUGGUUAUAUUGUGUGUUAUUGUUCCAGUUGUGACCUAAGGACACUUCCUGUGCAUUAAGAGUGAAAACUGCAUCACUUGCAAUCUCUUCCUGUACAGGGUUCAAUAUAAAUUAACAAGACCUCGAUGUCAAGUGUUAACUUUACCAUUAUAAAUGUACUUUGUUGUGGGAAACACUUUAUGUAAAUAUCUUCUGUAAUCCGCAAAUCCAUAGAUACCCACAUCCUGUCUAAGGACGUGCUUGUACAAUCUUCACGAUUGUUUGAUCGUUAUAGCUGCUGCAUUAAUUCACAGUCAAUAUUUGAUCACCUGAAGGUUUUUUUGUUCAUACAUGGUUUUAUUGUCCAAGUUUGUUUUGAACAGAGAAUUUUAGAAAACCCGACACUUUUUUUAUUGUAUUAAUUGUCUGCCUUCAUUCUUUGAAGCAGUACUGGUGUGAACACACUAUACAACUGAGACAGGAAAAUUUCAAACAAACUUCUAUACCGGGUACAUUCAGAGGAAGCAUAAGUCUAAAACCAGAGAUGAUAUUGUCUCCUAUCAUAUGUCGCUCAAUUUUCAGGUGAAGUUAAGAGGUAUUCUUUUACAGAUUCUGAACACUGAAUAACCUGUCUUUCACUUCCUGUCUGUUGGAUCUGCAGGCCAGAGAAAUGACUCACUGAUACUCCAAAUGUUACAUGAAAAAUGAUAUGAUUCAUCAAAAUUGAACAUAUUUUGACAAAAGGAUUACAAGUUGUAAACUUAGAUGGUACUUUCCUUAAAUCAAUUAAAUAGUACACAAUUAAGGAAGGGAUCGAAGCACUAUUUAAACAAUUCAUCACCCGAUGAAACAACAAAAAAGAAAUUUUAUUGCUCAUAUUUAUAUUUUUAUAUAUUUAAAAAAAAUAUAAACUAGAUUUAAUCUAAGUAUUGAAAUAUCAUAUUGUUGACCAUUCCGUUACUUCAAACAGAACAGCCAAUACACCCUUUGACCUUGACAAUGCUCUAUAUAUUUGGUAAUGAUUACUCAGACAGAUGGUACUAAAACACUGGAUCGAACUACAUCAUUCGAUAUUUGAGAUUCAAAAUAUGAGAUUCGAAAUUCGAAUUUCAAUAUCCAAAUUAAGUAAUCAAAAUAUAGGUCACUUUAUAUGAUUUAAAACAGACAACAUAUUUUAGUCAAGCUCAUCAAAUGUAAACGAUCGCCAUCUUCAUUGUAAGAUUGUAAGAGUUUUGAGGUUACCGUAUAUAAAUUUGAAAUAUGACAGAAAGGAAGUCAAAGUUUCUUUUACUACGCAUUCAUGCUGUGCACAGUAGACGUUAGGGAUGCGGUGCACUUUUGAUGAUUAGUUGAAAUUCAACUAUGUUUUGAAUUUCUAACAAAUCAAAUAAUUAUUGGUAUAGUAAUCUCUGGAUUUAUAUUCUAAUAUUUUUACCGAACAAAAAAACCCACUUAUUUGUCAUUAUGAUUUUUAUGCACCACUUUCGUUUCCAGUAAAGAUUCAUAUUUUGUAUUUUAUCGCAAUUCGUGUUUUGUAACGAUAUUGUAGCUGGGUGAAUGCUUUAAUAUCUUGUAUUCCUAGUCAAGAUGCGGGUAUGUUUCCUAGCCAGUUUGUUUCUGUAUUUAUCUUAUAGGACUCCUAUAUAUAUAUUACCUUGAAUUAAUAGCAAUUUUUGGCAAACAGGCCUGUAGAAAGUCAGGUUCAUAGAAAGCGGGGAGGGUGGGUGGGUGGGUGGGUGGAACCAGGUCAAAUAAUGACGAAUACACCUCAAAUAGUACAGAUUAAAUGAUCUAAAAUGGAAAAUGAAAGAUCAUAUUCUUUAGACUUUAUUUUACAUGAAGAUAACUGUACAUGUUUGAGUUCAGGACCCACCCCCACCCCACCCCCGAAUAGCCUACAUGAGUUGAUAAUUAUUUUUGUUGAAAAUAAUCUCUAAUGCAUAUCACAAUGUCUUGCACACCCCUAAAGUCCAAAAUAACUCAAUAAUUGAAUACCUUUAACAUCCAGUGAGGGUAUUUAUAAAAAGUGCUUUAAUUUUGAUUUAUUAUGGACUUUUGGGGUAUGCAAGACAUUGUUGAUAUGCAUUAAAGAGAUGUUCAACAAACAUAUGUGUAACUUCAUGUAGCCCCACUAUUAUUAUAUUACAUACAACAUUACUGGUUCCUGUGGUAUGAAUCAUGCAGUGGGAUAAGAUCAUUUUUAAAAUGUGGAUAGAUUAGUAUUCUGUCAUAAUGACACAUGUAGUUAAGCUUCCUGGAACCUAAAAAAAUGUAAAAAGAUACAACAUAGAUUGGAGAGAAAUGUUUAUUCAUGGUGUGAAUUUCCUCCAUUGUUUAAAUAUAGAUAAGUACAAUAUCCUUGACCCAAACGCCCACAGCCUCGGUUAACGUCCCAACGUUCCUAGUAGAUCUCGUAAUGAAAAUAGAUAAAUAAAAUGAAUUAAAAUUGAAAUGAAAUUAAAAAGAAAAAAAUGCAUGAUUGAUUGAUUGAAUAUAUAAUUGUUUAACGUUCCUCUCAAGAAUAUUUCACUCAUAUGGCGACAUCACCAUUGCUAGUGAAGGGCCGCAAAAUUUAGGCCUAUGCUCAGCGCUUACAGCCUUUGAACAGGGAGGGAUCUUUGUCAUGCCACACCUAUUGUGACACAGGACCUUGGUUUUUGCAGUCUCAUCUGAAGGACCAGCCCCAUUUAGUCGCCUCUUACGACAAGCAAGGGGUAAUGAGGACCUAUUCUAACUCGGAUCCCCACAGGACUAAAAAAAAUGCGUGAAAACAUAAUAAAAGUGUCGCCUCUGAAACUCUAGAGGCUGAAGUAAACUAUUAACCUAUUGAUUAGUACUUAACUGAAAAAAUCAAACUAGCAUCAAUUGUCGGAGAGUAUGUAUCAUCAUUUAAUAGCCUUUAGGCUUCAUAUAAGAUUUCAAUUUAAUGUAUAUUAUGAGGUGUAUUCGUUAUUAUUUGACCUGGUUAUCACAUACAGUGCAGAAUUACUGUAAUGUGUGGAAGCUGGAAUAAGUUUUCUUUCCCUCUCCCUUCCUGCUUUCUACGGGCCUGUCUGCCAAUCUGAUUAAAAUCAGAUCUUUGAUCCGCUCCGUUAUUGUUAUGAUACUACACAAAGUUGUGUAGCGACUUAACAAAGAUCAGAUUGGUCUGUCUGCAUGCUAAGCAUACAUCAUACCUGGAUCAUAACAUGCUCUCUAAAAGAAAUGUUUCGUUGUUUGGUAAACAUAGUUAGAAGAAUAAGCUUUCUGUCAUAUUUUAAGUUUGUAUGCAUGUACCCUCUAACCUUAAUCUACUGUGAAUUACAUUUUGAUUGGUUAAUUUGGAUUUUGAAUUUUGGAAUUCAAAAUUUUGAAUCUUGUAUUUUGAAAUUCGAAUCUCGAAUGAGCCUUUUGGGUUUUCGUAUGAAACCAAUGUGAAUUUCAAAAUAGAUUAUAGGAGAAAAGAGUCAGUGAAUGCAAAUAUAUCCUGAUAAUACUUACUCAAAGUGACCUGCAGUACUGUGUAUAGUAUUCACACUAUCAGAGGGAAACUGGCCACACUCCUAGCAAUAGAUGCUGUUUUGUCAUUCCAAUCUAGUCCCAGUUUGGAAGAGAGUAGUCAGAUUACGGUCAGGAGAGUUAACAGAGUUGUCGGGAGAAUUAGAUAUAUUCACAUCUUUAAGAGAGUAUAGUCAGAAGAAUUAGAUAUUUUACAUCUUUAACAGAGUUGUUGGGAGAAUUAAAUAUAUUCACAUCUUUAAGAGAGUAUAGUCAGAAGAAUUAGAUAUUUUACAUCUUUAAGCUGAUAAGGUGUCUCUUUGUCAAUUUUGUGGAGAAGUUUGAUUAUUUCUUAGGUGUCGUGUCUGGCUUCGAGUCUGUGGAAUGUCAUACAAUGAUGUAUUGACUACUUAGCUGAGUUAGCAACUUCUGUAAUUUUAUACACAGCUUGUCUGAGUUGCUCCUGCUAGUAGUCCAUAUCUAAGGCACAGGAAGUAUGCUGUAAAGAUAGAGACCACCACAAAGAAAUGGCUCUCUCAGCAGACACUAAUUGGUGUCUUAAUGACUGGAUUUAGGUCCUAAUCUCAGAAGUUAAAUUCUCCUUUGUUUUUAAUCAAGGUUAACUUACUGAUCAUGGGGGGGGGGGGGGGGGGGGGGGAAGGGGUGUUGGAGGAUUGAAGAGGAUCCAGGUUUUUGUCUGUCUGUUUAUAUAACUGUCUGUGACCAAAAAUUGAAUUAGUUAUUCAGAAGUAUUAGUGAGAGGCACAGUUUUGAACUGUAAGUGAAAGCACUGUAACUUUGGUAUUUAUCCUAGCUGGUGUGAAAAGACCUAAUUCAAAUAGUAGCUAGGUUAUAUUUAACAAAUGUGUGACCUUGAUAUUAACCAUUGAUCCUAUAUGAAAAAGUAAACUCCCAUGGUGUUGACACACCUCAUGCAGUAAAAUCAAUGCUUUCUAAAGGAAUGUCUCACAAUUUACAUGUAGAGUGAAUAGAAUGAGAUUUGGCUUCUAAAUUUCAUUUAGAUUCUGUGAUAAAUUUGCAAGGUAAUUUGAUAUUAUUGAUAAAAUAUCAUUUGAAAUUUGGCUUACGAAGUCAAUUAAAACAAACUUUUCAAAACUUCAAUUUCCAAAGUAAACCCUUCACUUAUUAAAUGAAACUUAUAUUUUCAAAAGAUAUUUAGUUUUACGGGCCUUGCAUAUUUGUCAAGAAAAUCUUCAAUACUUAUUUUAAAAGUACAUCAUGAAAUAAAGUCUAAUUUUGAAGCUGUCAUAAAUUUUCAAGAUGACAUUUUGAUAAGAUAUAUUGGUCCUUAAUGAAAGUACACUAAGUGAAUCUGCGGAGAAGGAAAGGAAGUUGUCGGGGAUCUCAGAUUCCAGAGGAGUGUGAUUUUUGCCAGGUCUCCUGAGAAUAGAGCACUAUGAUGUAACCAUGUACUCUGUUCAUUAAUUACUUUCCUGCAACAUAAAUAGUUUCUAUUCCCACUAAUUGUUUGCACAAAACUAAAAUCAGUCAAUCUGUAUGAGGGAAUAUUAGGUCUAUAGGUUCAUACGAUAUAUGGGCCCUGUACAUCUAAUGUCAGUCAAUAGGGCCUGUAUGUCUAAUGUGAGAAAUGAGAAAAUGUCGAGACUACUACUCAGAGUCCUGACGUUCCCUGUUGUGAAAUUAAUUAAGGACCAGUCAGAGGCCUGUGUUUUGUCAUAGAUUUGGAGACCAGUAGAAUGGUUAUGUAUUGUUUGUAUGUGUGUAGGACUUAGUUUUUCAUUUAUUUUGAUUUGUAACAACUCUGGGGACAUAAUAAAGUUUAUUCAUUUGAUCAAUAUCCACCAAUCUUAUAGAACCCAGGAUUAUGGCAGCUUUGAUUGAUUUACAUUGCUGUUUUUUGUUGGUUUUAUUAUUAUUAUUUUUUUUGUUUUAAUUUAAUUGGAAUGACUAUGCAAUAAUGCACUUUCAAUAGUAUUAGAAGAAAGUUCUGACAAUAUCAAAAGCAUUAUUUUUGGAAUAAUUAUCAAAAAAAAAUUUGCACAUACUUUAGAUUGAUAUAGUUGAUAUCAUAUAUUGAUGAACAGCAAUCCUUUCAAAUGAGGUUGGUUUCAGAAAAAAAUGUCCCGUAGUAUUUUCCCAGUUACAUAAUUUACAUCUGUGCAAUUUUCAUUAAAAACACAUGUAGUCAUGGGUAGAUCAGUAUUGUAGGUGUGACUAGAAAACCCCCCCAGGACCCAAUUUUACAUCUAAACUCUCCAUUACUCAGAAUAACCCAUCAUAAUACCUGAACACUCAGCUGCACGGGGUGAUUUAGUAGUCAGUCUGUGAGUUUGGAGUUUAGAUGUUUAGUGCUUUAUGUGAGAGCAGAGCAUCUUUGUGGAUGCUUAGUGACAGUUUGUGGAUUAGGCAGUGAUUCUUCUGUAUACUACUAGCUGGACAAAGACCAAGGAUGGUAGCUUGUUCCACUGAUAUGUUGUGAUGCAUCAAAGUUGUCAGUUUGGAGAUGAGAUAUUAUUUAUUCUUACUGUGAUCAGGACCAUCAUCUCUCUCUGUCUUUUUCCCUGAAGCAAGCCAGACUGAUCAGCUGUGCAUAAUGAGGUGGGGGAGGAUUGACUGACCUGACCGAAGUCUCUGAGGACAGAAUUUAAAUGAAUCGAUUCAUUCUUCAAUAAGACAAACUGUGAGUCUUGGGUCAAGUGCGUCCAUAUAAUGGGAAUACACCCAGUCAGUGAUUGGCAGUUGUGUAAAAGGUGUGCUUUUUAAACACUAUAAGUCUAUACCUGGACUUUAGGAGACACUUGCAUGAAUUUUUAUGCACUUUAUUGCUCGGGAGGCUUUUAAGUCUGAGACGAAAUCAAGGAAGGUAUUUCCCAGAGAUUUUGAUGAAAGAAGUCAAGGAUUACAUCCAUUAGAUCAUAUAGAAUGUUACUUGCUAUGGAGCAAUCUAUUCAAAACCCUGUUUACAGAGAUUGAUUCUGAUCUCCUUUCAACACUUGGGACUUAUACGUAUUGCGAUGAUAGCUGCCUUCAUUGAAAAAAAAGAAACUUGGUAAUCAAUGAACUUGACAGGUAAAUUGUUUAAAGACAAUAGACAUGCUAAUAUGGGACAUAUUUAACAUGCAUAUAUAAAAGCAAGGUGCCUUUAUGUAUGAUUUUUAGGAAUUAAUGAAUUGAUAAUAGAAUGCAGUGCAUGUUCGUAUCAGCAGUGCAUAUACAGAUCUGCAUUUAAAGGACUUAUACUGUAGAACCCUUUGUGAAGGGAACUGAUGCAACAGCCCAAUGCUCCGGACACAGUGUCUCAUCUUGAAUGAAAUUGGAUUAAGUCUUCAGAGGAUGUACGGAUGAGGAUCCUUUGGAAAUGAUCUCUGGGCCUGGGGGAUUUGGAAAGUCAAUAUUAUUGGAAAAGGAUAGAAUUUGACUGUUCGUCUAUCAGAGGACUUGUGCCAACUAUUUAUGAAAAUGACAUUUUGUAUCAGGCAAAAGUUGGGGAAUUGAAGCCGUAUCAGGAAAGUUUCUGUUGCUGAGUGUGUCAUUAUAGAUACCUGUACUUUAUACGAUUGGAAAUAAUACAGAAAAGUACAAGUGAUUGUCAUGCCUCGUAAGGGGAAAUAUGGGAUAGAGGACUACAAGUAUGAGUACUGGAAAUGUCUGUGCUGCUGGAGAGUCCAGGAACAAAAAUGUGACACAGCCCUGAGUCUAAAGAGUUACAAAAAGCAGAAUAACAUGGAGGGAAAUUUAUACUGUGAUAAUCAUAUCCCAGCCAUGACUAAACCACCCCAGACAUUGGGAAAGUCUCGGAUCCCCUCCUCUCCAGAUGAUCAAGAGCUGCACGCAUUUGAGAUGUUGAUAAACUACCAGGAGCGAAGCCGUAUUGAUGAUCAGAGAUGUGACAUCAGUUCAUUCAUACCAAAGGGGGCCUCUGCUGAGUUUUACGAGUAUGUACUGAAUUUCCAAAGCCGUGGACGCCUGGAAGACCAGCGAUGUGCAAUGCCUGACAACCCGAAGGCACCCCUCACUCCUACACAGAUUGAACAAAGGAAAACCAUGGAGCAAAUGGAACAGAUCCUCAAGGACCCUGCACCAUAUCCCAUGAUUUAUCUCCCUUCAAAUGUAGGAUAUUGGGAAGAGAGCUCAGAGAUCCUCACUACAGAAUCUCACGAUAAACUCCUUCAGGAGUCGAGAGACGUUUAUGUAGAUCAGGGAGCAACAGCGUACAGGAAGCACUUCCUGGGUCGAGAACACUUUAACUACUAUGGACAGGAUGUUUCUCUGGGUCCCCUUGUACUCUCCAUAAAGGAGGAGAUGACAGAAAAUAAUGAAGAGAUGAUCCGAUGUGUCCUCAGAACAAAGACUUCCUCUCAACACAAACUAAUUCCUGUUGAACAGCUGGACAACAUUCCAAAUCCUGUCAAAAUAGCUAAGUGUUGUUGUGAAGAAAUUACUUGCGAGAAGUUUGACCCAGUGCUAACAACCAAAGGCUCCAGUUUAAUUGUUCAGUUUGAUGAACACAAUCUCACCAACCUGUACAAGUUUGGAGUCAUCUGCCAGAAAUUUAGACAGACAAAAGAGGAACAGUUGUUUGGGAACAGAAAUCACAAUGACACUAUGGAUGAGUUCCUCAGCCUUAUUGGGGACAGGGUCCCUCUCAAGGACUUCCAGGGGUACCGUGGGGGAUUAGACACUAUCCAUGGACAGACUGGGCAAGAUUCAGUGUAUACGAACUAUCAGGGGAGAGAAAUCAUGUUUCAUGUGUCUACACUCCUCCCCUAUACGGAUGGGGACCCACAACAGCUACAGAGGAAGCGACACAUAGGCAAUGAUAUCGUGGCCAUAGUGUUCCAGGAAGAAAAUACUCCAUUUGUGCCAAACAUGAUCGCCUCUCAUUUCUUACAUGCCUACAUAGUUGUUCAGCCAAUCACUGGAGAAGAUGGAAGUACCAAAUACAAGGUUUCUGUGGCAGCACGUAGUGAUGUUCCAAGGUUUGGUCCACCAUUGCCACAUUCUGCGGUGUUUGAAAAGGGGCCAGAAUUUAAAGACUUCAUUCUAACAAAGCUCAUCAAUGCAGAAACAGCAUGCUACAAGGCAGAACAAUUUGCAAAACUAGAGGAGAGGACCCGAACUGCUCUGUUGGAAGUUCUGCUACAAGACCUGACACGGAAGACAAAUGAAUUGUUUGGAACAAGUUCACCCAACCCUAACUCAGUCAAAGACAGUCGUAACUUCAUGGACAACAUUAAACGAGCUCUCAGCAAGAAAGAGCCACGGUCAUCUGAGUCCAGUAUGAUGUCCAGCAACAGAAAGUCCAAUGGGUCUGCCUCACUAGCCCCAGUUGGAGAGGACGACAAGUUAUCUAGUCCAAGGAAAUCCCCAAGUGUCAUCAAGAAGAGUGGACGUCAUAGUCUUGAGAGACGCUCCGUGGAGAAAAACCAAUUUCAGCGCUUUGACAGUCACAGCACUCAGUCCUCAUACAAAACCUGUAGUGCAUCCAACAGUCCCCAGUCCAGCCCCGGCUCCACUGCUUCAGCAUCAAGGAUGAACAACUUUCAGCAGUUGUCUCCCUCUAACUCAGAGAGCUCUUUUAACAGUAUUGAGGAUUUUUCUAAUGGUCAGAGUGGUCAUCAGAACCAUGAGGAUUCUGACACAGGCAUGGAGAGCAUGUCCUCAGCAGGAACGCCUUGUAACACUCACAUGAAGGCAUCCAUCUCCAACAGCCUGAGUGAUGACAGCUGUGGUUGUGUAUUUGUUCCUCUCGAAGUGGAAGGCUAUGAGAGUAUCAACAGACAUACAGAACAUCUCAGCACUGAAAUUCAGAAACUCAAAAAGGAAAAGAAGGCUAAUCACAGGGAGAUCCAAUCAUUGAAGGACCGAGAGACACAGAUGAUGCUCGAACUUCGCAGUGCUCAACAGGAAAUCCAGAAACUGAAAUUAAAUCUUAUUGCCGGGGUCAGUCAUUACGAGGCAACGGUUUGAUCCACCUGUUGAUUCUGUAUAGGAAGUCAUGUGAUGUGCCUCCUAUGUACAGACUGGUGCGGGGAAAUCCAGUACAUGUAUACAUAGGUACUACAGAUUCCCCCCCGACAGAAUUCAGGAUGUGGCCAUGAUUUGUGUACAGUACAGUGACGUGUGCCUCACAGGCAGUGGAGGAGUCUAUAUCCCAGUACAGAACUUAUGUCAGGCAGUAGCGCAUUCCUUUCUCACCGGAACGGACCUAUAGAGAAAGAGGCUUGGAGAAUCAUUGUGAUCAUUGCUCCCCAAUAUUCCCAAACAGACUGACACACAGACAUGGAUUGCAUGUUGCAGGGACUGCUUGUAUACAGGACACAAACUGAAAUAUAGGGCUGAUCAUCACACCUUUGCAGAAUGUGCUCAACCAUCAAGAUCAUUUGACACUUAGACAUAACAUUACAAGACUACAACAUGCAAUUGUCUAGGAUCACUAUUAGACUGAAGAGAUGUUGUGUAUUUCUAGUCAUAUAUGUACAGUGUAUGUAUAAGGAAUAUUUUAGUUCAAAUCCCCAAUCAUGUUCUAACCAGCAUUCAAUUUUUGAUGGUCAGCUUAUGAACAUUUUAUGCUGUUGAUUUCCGACAAUCAAAUAACUGAGAGAUAUUCCUGCUCACUUACUGAUACGAUGCUUUGGUUGAUGCUCCAGUUUAUGCUGCCCUUCCACGAUGCUACACGCUUGUGGCUACGUACAGGAAUGGUUGUUUUGAUGUGUAUGUAUAUAGAUGUCAUAUUUUUUAAUACAAAUUUAAAGUCAUUUUUAUGAAAACAGCAGAUGUAGACGUUUGAAAUUGUACUCAACAUAAUCCAACUGUUCAAAAGAAAUUAUUUUGAAUUAAAUUUCAGAAAACAUUUAAUAGCAUUACAAGUAGUAUUCAUCUUCUUUUCUUUUGGAAACAUGCUGCAAGUGAAAUGAAAGUUUUGUUGAAUGAGAAGUUUUGUGCAAAAGUUUGCAACUCUUACAUGUAUUAGAAGUGAAAGGAAAAUCAAAUUACAAAGGUAUGUUUGUACCUGAUGUGUUCGUCAGUCUGUGAUAUAGAAGUUUUGUAAGCGAGUCGUUUUCUGAUCAUGAAUAUCUGGUGCUACUCGCUCUGUUAAGUUUGUGCAAUAUUUUGUAUAUAAAAUUCUAUUUAAUGUCAACAAUGUGUUCAAUGACCCAGAUUCCACAGCAUUUACCAAUCUAAUGGUAAAUAAAAUAUCAACUCUU